AUGUCCUUUCACAAGACUUUCAGGAUCAGACAACUCCUGGCCAAGAAACAAGAGCAGAAUUGUCCCAUUCCUCAAUGGAUCUGGAUGAAAACUGGUAGCAAAAUCAGAUACAACUCUAAGAGGAGUCACUGGAGAAGAACCAAGCUAGGUCUAUAA